GAAGUUGUUCUUCCCUGUGCGCACUAAAGAGCUGCAGACGAACAGCGAAAAACACGUUAAAGGUUUAAAAGAGUUGAAUGUGUGAGCGGCUCUCUCCUCAGCCUGGAUGCAGCAGUCCCUCAUAUCGGGGCUCUCCGUUUACAUUAUUCAUACGGAGGAGGGUGUGACUUGUUGGCUCUUUUUUCCGCCUGUAUAAAACGAGAAGUUCGCGUAAAAGAAAAUACAGAUGGAGAAGGCUAGCCGGCUCGCUGUGUCACAGAGAGUCCCCGUAAGCCUGCGUGACAACUCACAUACUGUCCCUUUGUGACCAGCUUAAUCGGCAGAAUGCCCGGUCUCUGCGUGCUAUGUUUCGCCGCCGCGCUGGCUGCAUUCGCCCGGCUGGCCGGCACGGUGGGGCCGGUGGUCCGAUGCGAGCCGUGCGACGCCGGCGCGCUCCUACAGUGCAAGCCGCUGCCGAAGGACUGCGCGGAGCGGGUGAGGGAGCCCGGCUGCGGCUGCUGCAUUACGUGCGCCCUCGGCGAGGGACAAGCGUGUGGAGUGUACACGGCGCGCUGCGGAUCCGGCUUGACCUGCCAGCACCAGCCGGGGGAGAGCCGACCCCUGCAAGCUCUGCUGGAGGGACGGGGUGUGUGCUCCAGCGCCGCAUCCAAAAAACUCAACAGCAUUCUUGUACCUACAACAAAACAAGAAAAUGCUGGAAAUCAGGUAGAGGACUGCUCCAACGUGACCCAGCCGAUGACGGCGCUGCCCGGCGUGGUGACGGUGAAGGGUGGACACAGUCGAGGGCCGAUGGACACCAGGCCUCCGCUGCACAACAAGCUGAUCGAGAAGGAUCAGAACAAGAAGACGCAGAGCUACAAGGUGGAAUCGGUGUCAGGAGGAGCCAACAUGGACAUGCACAACUUCUCCCUGGAGAACAAGAGGGAGACUGAGUAUGGACCGUGUCGGCGGGAGAUGGAGAGCAUCCUGAACAGUCUUAAAAUCAGCAGCGUGCUCAACCCGAGAGGCUUCCGCAUACCCAACUGUGACAGAAAGGGCUUCUACAAGAAAAAACAGUGCCGUCCAUCCAAAGGCAGGAGGCGGGGAUACUGCUGGUGCGUGGACAAAUACGGGCAGCCUCUCCCCGGCUACGACGGCAGGGAGCGGGGCGAGACGCAGUGCUACAACCUGGAGAGCAAAUGAGAGAGGAUGGGGAGGUCGACGACGACGAGUGGAAGGAGAGAGGACGGCAGCAUAAAGGGGGGUGGGGGGUGGGGGGGUGGGGGUAAGGACUCAAGAAAGAAAGAAAGAAAGAAAGAAAGGAGAAAGGAGGAGAGCCUUCUUUGCUCUUGCAUGUAGUUUUCUGUAAACAUUUGAAGGAACUCCGGACCUUUGAUUUCAGGUUCUGUCGGAGAGGAGGGGAGGGGAGGGGAGGGGGGGAAGGAAGGGGUGCCAAUACAGCCUCCUGUCCAUCACACCUCAUCUAUUCUGUGCUUAGGGAACCUCUGUCCUUUCUUUAAAAAAAAAAAAAAAAAAAAAGGUUAAGCUAAAAGCUGAGACAGAAGUGGAGGAAAGAGAGAAUCCUGUCAUCUGCACUAUUCUUUUAGAAAGAGAGGAAGGAGGGACUUUUCCACUCACUUUAAAGAGGACUCGUUUGUGACUGUGACCCCCCCCCCAUCACCACCACCACCCACCCACACAAAAAAAAAACCUUUCUAUCGUGUGUCUGUGUGUUACCUCGAGAGUCCAUGUGUGUGUUUUAACGUGUGCGCGCCGGCAUAACACACGUGUGCACAGCUGCAUGUCUGUGAGUGCGCGUUCCCAACAAAAAAAAAAAAAAGAAGUGUUCAUUGGUGUAAAUACUGUACAUCCCUCAGCUCAGUUUAGAGGUGUCAGACAUCCCCAGCCCCCCCAGCCCCUGCUCCAAUAAACAAUGCAGAAAGAAAAGGAAAAAAAAAAAAAAAAAAAAAUCUCUGGCUCAGGGUCCAUUUUGAAGUGAAGGAUUAUGGGAUGGCGGGGCUUUGACUUUUUAUCGGCCGCCUUCGGUCUUCCUCGCUGCCUCUCGCUCGUUGCUCCAAGGGGCAAAAGAACAGAAGGAGGCAAACUGUGCAGAUACAGUGCCUUAAAAAUACAAAACAUGCCUCCCCUCCCCUUCUUCACCCUCUUCAGUCCUCAAUUAAAGGAAUACUUCGCUAAAAAAAAAAUAAUAAAAAAAUGCACCUUGUGAUUCAGAACCUUUUGCAGAGGAGAGAUGCUGCAGGUUUGCAGCUUGCAGUUAGAUUUGACUCCAAAAAAAAAAAAAAAACUGUAAACAUGGAAACUUUGGAAACGGCUCCUGCAGCACCGUCCACUUCGCCCACUGCUGAUCCGUAUGUCAACAGGAAUGUUUCCGGGCCGAGUUUCAGAGCUGUGAGGUCGCAAGAAUGUGACGUGGAGCAUUUUAAAACAAGUGGGAAAAUACUUGACUAAGAAAUCUGCAAUCUUUUUCACAAGUUUGAAUAGUUUGGGUGGUUGAGUCACAGGAAGAUGUUUCCUGAGUUGGAAAAGUGGCCAAAUAAUCAGGGGGAUGUUAUCUCCUUGUGUUGGAGGCAGAAAAGUAGCCGCUAAAGUAAAAGUAGCACCAAGCACGAACUCGAUUGAGGCCAAGAUGCAAGUAAAUGUUAAAAUAGCUCGUUAGCCAAGCACAGGACACAUACGGGCAGUGGAGCGGCGGGUUAAGCUGCAGGAGGAGUUAACGAAGUUUCCAUGAACGUUCGGAUACGGAACGCAAUGAAUCCGCUGCAAAAGGAGCAAACUCUCCGGAGGAAUUUUCAGUGGUGUAUUCUUUUUGAAGGGCUCUCGUGCCGCCCUGUAGUCUUAGGGAUCAGUUUGUGAGUUAGCCCGUCCUCUGUCUCACCAUGAUAUUUUAUAUUUUGCCUUCACCCCCGCCCUCCCUCCCCCUCUUGUCCCUCGCCCGUCAUGCAGCUCCGGUGCUGAAGUCCUCCAACCCUUUAUGUUUCCACCCCCUCUCUCUCAUCCAAAACUCGUUGGGUCCUCACGUCCGUGCCUGACCCCCCCACCACCCCCGUGUCUCCGACCCUCUCAAUCCGAACUGUUCUCCAGCACCCUGCCCACGUUCAGUCCUCUUCCUGUCAGCGGUGCAACCUGGUGUAGGCUUGUUUGAACGGGGUGAGCCCGGUGUGACCGGCCCGCCCUGCCGCAGGUGCCAGCUGCCCCUAUGCUUCAAGCACAAGCACUUAAAGCACUUUAGCUGUGCUGCUACUCGUCAAUGCAUGCAGUUAAAGACAAUUGGACCUAUCCGCGUCUGCAUACCUUUCCGUCGAGGUAAUGUCAGAUGGAGCAGUGUGAUACUGUAAGAAAACAAUAAUAAACUAGAGAGGAGGAAAAAAAAGAAAAAAGUGAGGCUACACCAGGACUUCUGACAGCAAACUUUGCGAGCACCCCUCAGAAAAUCUUCCAUUCAAUGCAACUAUUUUCUUUUUUUUUUUUUUUUUUUUUUUUUGGUUGUUGUUGUUGUUUCUUUGAAAAAAAAAUUGCUUGUAUGAUCGUAUGCCAACAAAUCUCCACGAGGUGGACGCAGCACCAAAUAUGCAUUCACACAAGUGGUAGGGGGUCUGAGGAAAGGAGGCGUGGUCCUCCCCGAGGAGCUUCCUGCCCGAUGCUCUCCCCGCAUCCUGUGUAAAGACUUGAAACGUGGAGCGAGUGCCGACAAAGAAUGCUUGCCCAGUAGCUUGGUAGCAUGGAAUCGGCUAUACACUUCCUCCAAUACGCAGCAGCAACUUAGAAACCAGCCUGUUGGUGCUAUACCCCAUCUACUCAAAGACUUGAUGUAAGGGGAGGAACAUACAUAAAAAUAUGUUUAAGCUAUUCCCUCCUUAAUAUUUGUAAGUGUGUCUUUUUAUAUAUUAUUAUUAUUAUUAUUAUUAUUAUUUCCUGGCCAGCUCUGUGUCUGACUAGACAUCAUGUACAGUACUUAAAAAUAAAAAAAAAAUAUUUAUCUAAGAAAGAAUUAUAAGCUGAUCCAAACUAGGUUUUUUUCUUAUGAACAAUUCAGUGACUCACCGAUUGCACAGCAAAGUCUAUAUGAUUCAGUGUAUUGUGGGGAUUAUAAUCACUAAUGAAUGUUUUGCUUUUAUUUUUUAAAUGAACCUUUUCCUUCAGUUGCUCAACAGCAUCACUGGUGAAGCUCCGCGCCCUGCAGCAGGCCCACUGUCGGCCUCGGGCAAAUCUGUGUCAGUCAGUCAGUCAGUCAGUCAGUCAGUCAGUCAGGUCUCUGGUCGUCUUAGUUCACCGCUCCUUAAGGCCAGUGAACCUCUCACCUGUCAGAUACGUCACUUCUCUCUAUGCACACCCAUCCAUCCCGCCUCAGUCUGUUGUUCAGUGCAGGGCCAGGAUCACUCUUCUGCUUUUUUCAUUCGCUGGUCACGUUGAGACUCUCUGUUCACGGGUAAAAUUAAAAUGUAUUUUUUCUUUUUUUUGUUUUUUUUGUUCUUCAUUUCAAGUUUAUCCUUCAAAGUUUGUUGUUUUUUUUGUUGUUUUUUGUUUCAUGAUACUUAACUAGAAGUCACACAGCUAUUAUUUUCUCUGACAAAGGAAAUGAUUCAAAGUAUAAUUUGAAUAUUUAAUGUCUUUUUUUUUUUUAAAUAAAAAGUGAACACAUUUCAAGAAGCCGUCUCUUUUCUUCCUUUCGUUUUCGCUCCCUGUCAUCAGCAGCUCAUAAGUCCCAUCUUUAAUUUCUGCAGGGAAUCAGGGAACAGAUUUGCUGCUGUUGAAGUCCUUGAAUGCAAUCAGACCCCUGCCUACCCUCCCCACCACCCACCGCCCUCCCCCCUCCUCCCCGGUCCUGGAAUGUGUCAAUAAGGAUAAAGCAAAAAGUUUAAUUUGUAAAGAAUAAAAAUAAAUCUGGUGGUGCCAGGCAGGCUGGCAGUGAGCACGGGGAGGUCGAGGCGAAUUCCUGUGCCCGACCAAGGCAAACAAGAGAGCGGGUCAAAAGGCAGCGCAGGCGAAAGCGGCUAAAGUUAGACAAGGACCUCCACUUCAGUGAUAACACUGCUCACAAACACACUGAAUAUAGAAAAUGUGGUGCAUCGGCCUUUCACAAUCUCCACGGAGCUUGUUAUGACUCUCAUGUUUUUGGACGCACAAAAUAAACCGGUCUGAGGUGAAAGAGAGGCCGGGGAGCGCAUAGCUGAGGUUAAUGUUUUUAUUAAAUAUAUCACCUUUUUUCUUCUUACAUUACAUCUCAAUUACAAAAGUGUACAUACACACGAGUGAGCAGUUAGUCACUUUGGAAUAGACUCAACGUGAACAAUAAUUCUCCCUCCAACAGCAGCAUGUGGAUAAAGCGUGGAGCGGCCACACCUCGCGGCGCCGCCCCUGCUCUUUGUGGUCAUGUGUUCUUGGUCAGAGAGAACAGCGACAUACAAAGUAAAGUAGCGAGUCUUUUUCUUUCUUUUUCUUUUUUUUUUUUUUUUGACAGAUACAUCGACACAAGUGACACGUAAAUAUCGGAGGUAGGUAAAUGUAGAGAUACCCGUCUGAGAGGCGGCGCAGGGCGUUGCCGCCUGUCAUGCUAUCUGCAGCCCCAUGGAACCAUGGGAAGUGUUUUCUGAGACUGAUUGAGGAUUCCCCAACUGAGAGUUUUGCGUUGACUGAUGAGAGCCGACGUGUCACACCAGAAAAUAUAAAGACGACAACAAAAAUAAAAACGAAAAAAAAGACAAAAAAAAAA